UAGUGGACUUGGGCUGUUUUUUGGUUCACCUGGAGCCGCGGCAAAAUCCUCAUUUGAGAAAUAAGCCUUGUGCAGUUGACAGGACAGACCAUGAAAGGCUAUGGAAUCGUUGCAGUAAGGUACGAAGCUCGUACAUUUGGGAUCAUUAGAAAUAUGUGGGCAGAUGAUGCUAAGAAGUUAUGUUCAGAUCUUCUACUGGCACAAGUCCGUGAGUCCCAUGGGAAAGCUAACCUCCCCAAGUACCGGGCAACCAGCGUGGAAGUAAUGGAGGGAAAAGCUCGUUUUGCUGUGAUUGAAUGUGCCAGCGUUGAUGAGGCUUGUGUAGACCUGACCAGUGCUGUACAGGAGAGACUACGAAAGCUCCAAGGUCAGCCUAUCUCAGCCGACUUGUUGCCAAGCACCUACGUUGAAGGGUUCCCCCGGGCCCUACAACGGCAGAAGGGACUGUGCAGAAAGAUACUUCCGUAACAUCAUCUUGCUUCUGCUUCUUCCUUUUGGAUCGUGCUUUGCUUGCUCAUGCUGAUCCUACUUAAACUACAACCUGAAUGAAUCACGAGGACUCACGUGGAAGGAUAUACAAAUUCUCUCAUUU